CCCCCUUACAAAUGGAUUACGGUCAUUUAAUGAUGAAACUAUCCGCGGAGAGACUGAUUUGGAAACAGGCGAAUCUUCCUCGGGAUUGAAAUGGAUACAUUUGUGCGCUCUCCGGCUGUUGACAGUGAUCAGAUUUGGAAUCGCCCGACCUGGAUUGUAACAAUGUUGUGAUCCCCCGCACACACUUGGAUAUAUCAACACUACAACACAGGCUUUUUUUGUUUUAAUUUUUUUAAUGCAUUUUGCACUUCUUUUUGAAAACGCCCAUCCGACCACUCCGAGCCUAUUAUCCGGACCUCUUGUGAGGUUAUAAACCUGCUUGUUUUUUUAAAUUUCAUUUUUUAUAUAUAAAUUGUUAUUUUUAAUUUUUUUUUAUAUUUUUGGGGGGCAGAUUCGUGAGGGAACCGAUUUGUCAGCCCCUGCUCGGUGUUUGAUAACCGAUGUAGGAUUUCGACAUGCCCUGCGCUGACGACCCCAAAGGCGGACCAUUAUGACUACAUCGGCGAAUUGGGUGGCUAACGGGGCAAGCCUUGAGGACUGCCACUCCAACAUCUUCUCUCUGGCGGAGUUGACGGGCAUUAAAUGGCGUUGCUACAGGUUCUCCAGCGGCGGGGAGUACGGGCCCGUGAUCUCCGCCCCGGCCCAGGACGACCCGGUUCUGCGCAGCUUCAUGCGCUGCGUGCAGUCCAACCUGCUGUGCGUGUGGCGACGCAAAAUCAAGCCCGAUGCCAAGGAGCUGUGGAUCUUCUGGUGGGGCGAAGAGCCCAACCUUACUGGUGUCAUUCAUCAAGAGCUGGAAGUUGGUGAGGAGGGCCUGUGGGAGUGUGGGCUUUCCUACGAGUGCAGAACCCUUCUGUUCAAGGCCAUACACAACCUGCUGGAAAGAUGUUUGACGGAUAAGGGGUUCGUGAGGAUUGGAAAAUGGUUCUUCAAGCCGCACGAGCUGGAGGAGAAGUCUUUAGGCAACACCGAACACCUGUCGUGUUCCUUCUCCUUCUUCCUCCACGGAGAGAGCAACGUGUGCACAAGUGUGGAGAUUGCCCAGCACCAGCCUGCGUACCACAUCACAGAACACCACAUCCGUCUCGCGCAGACCUCCGUCACACCAGUACAGGUGAUCCUGAGUCCGUACGGUCUGAGCGGCACUCUUACAGGUCAGGCCUAUAAGAUGAGUGAUCCAGCAGUGCGGAAGCUGAUGGAGGAGUGGAGCUACUUCUACCCCAUGGUACUUCAGCAGAAAGAGCUAGGUGGAGAGAAGGAAAAGGAGGAAACAAGCCAGGCCUACGAUCGCAACAGUCACGUGGCGGUGGAGGUCGUUGUAGGUGGAGUAAGAAUGACCUACCCAUCUGCUUUCGUGCUAAUUGCCCAAGGAGACCUACCAGUGGAGCAGCCUCCACCUGUUCCCACAGCUCAGGGCCUCAACAAAGAGCUGAACCACUGCAGCGUGCCACUGACGCCACCAACAUCACCAGAGCAGCCAUGCUCCGCGGACAGCGGCUUCGUAACCUCGGCCUCGAGUGUGCCCACACCAGACAGCAGCAUGAGUAUCACCAGCAUCAGCCCAAAGCAUUCUGGGAAGAAGCUGACUUGUCAGGUGGUCCAUCAGGCCUGGAGGGAGUGCUAUCUCAACCAGCCUCAACAUGUACCGAAUCAGUCAACUGAAGUAACGCCUCGAAAGGAAGUGCCAAAUGGAGUUACCACGUGGGAUUUCAACGAUCUGGGAGCGAGAGCACCUUGCAGCUGCUCUAGGUUAAAGCAGCAGAAGUCGAAUCUGACCACUGCGUCCACUGCCAACUCCCAAACUAGUGCCAACCCCACUCAGUCUUCUGGCCCAUCAUUAUACACUCCCUCCCUGCCCAAACACAAGACCAGUGACAAGACAGAAAAGGGUGACAAACAGUCCAAGAGGCCAGCUGUUAUUCCUUUCCACCAUCGUCUGUCUGUCACACAGGAGAGUCCUCUGGAACAGGACUCUCCAGGAGGCCCCAGCUCGUCCCUGGCCACUCUGCCAACCUGCAAGUAUUCCAAGCCCCACUCCAAUGGCAGAAAAGCCCCCGAGUCCCUUCUCCAUUCACCAGUAUCUCCACUUCCACCCACUCUUAGCCCGCAUCCCCGGGUACAAGACCCAGAGGCUAUGGAUGGGCCUGUGGAUAUGCCCGCCUGUCAAGAUGGCGCUUCAGGAUUGGGGGUGAUUACUAGCGAGACAGCUGUGUAUGCAGCUCUGCUGAGGCAGAGGGAGAGUGGUGCUGGCUGGUGGAGAGGCUUCAGGACUCCCAGGACUGAUAAGACUGACUUUAGACCCUCUGAACUCCCCAUUGAUAAACUAGAGGAAGUGACAACAGACACAACCAUCGAGGGAGCUUCGCUUAAAAGACUAUACGCACAGGCGCACAAGAGAUUUAAACUCUCAGAGGAGAGAGUGAGGCAACACAUCCAAACUUUGGGCCUGUUCCAGCAGCCAGGUGUCGAGGCACUUCGGGAUAAUGGGGACGAUCCCUAUGACUUUAAGGAAGGAGACAUUGAGUACACUUUCUCCACUUCCAAGAGAUUAAAGGGUCAAGGGCGAGAACCCAGCAAGAAGGCCAAGGGAGAAGAAAUCACCAGCAAUGGAGCGUUAACUGAUGGAAAAGAUGCUAUGUCCAUUUUUAACUCUGCUCCAAAAUCAGACGAAUCAGGCCAGGACGACGGAGCUGCUAAAACCAAUCCCUCUCUGACCAGAGAAAUAGAUCUAGUGGUCAACAUCUCUGAUCUAGACAACAUACUUGAUGAAGACGAUGAAGACCCGGGGACUGUUUACCCAAACCAGCACUCAACUAAGGUACCAGUGUCAACAGAAGAUCGUCCUAUUGGAAAAGAAGGAAGAGUUGCAGUACCUUAUCCAUCAACAGUAGCAGAUCUCCAGCGGAUGUUUCCCACCCCGCCUUCUCUAGAGCAGCACCCAGCCUUCUCUCCCAUCAUGACCUAUCGGGACACCCCUAGUCAAGAGCCCCCUGCGCCCACUGGACCAGCUGACCACCUUCCUGCAGCAGCCUCCACCCAGCUGACUGAACACAGGAUGGAGGUGGAGGAUGACAUUGGUAGUCCCAGGCAGGAGGAUAUCAAGCCGCUGAUAGGCUCCUCCAUGUUUGCUCCACUAGCCUGCCUACCCAGCCAGAAUCUUCCACCACUCAAGAUUCCUGAACAGUGUUAUUACCGUCCUUCCUGGUCCUUGUUGCCCAAGAUGGAACAUUUCCCCACGGUCAUGCAUCCCCAGAAUUCUGCUUUCACCAAGGAUGGAUACAUAAAUAUUCCCAGUGUUCCCCUUGCUGACCAGGACUAUGUGCAGAUGAGUGGAGCUGCUGCCUCUACCAGUACCACUACUGGCAUCCUCCCAUCUCCUGCCACCCCACGCUUCUCUGUGCCCACCCCAAGAACUCCACGUACACCACGGGGUAUUAACACUGCAAGCUCUGGACAGGGUUCAGUAAAGCAGGAUGGUACUGAGCUUAGCUCACCAGUUUCCACCCCUUCGACAAGCCUGCCUCUCAGCUCUGUAGAGCCCCUAGCUCGGCCGGGCCCGUCUCUGCCUGAGGCCCACAGCCUGUACACAAUCCUCCUCCUCUCAGACUCUGUCCUCAGUGUCUUCAAGGAUCGCAACUUUGACAGCUGCUGUAUUUGUGCCUGCAACCAGAAUGUCAAAGGAGCAGAUGUGGGGGUUUAUAUCCCAGAUUCCACUGGUGAAGAUCAGUAUCGCUGCAUGUGUGGCUUCAGCGCCAUCGUGAACAGGCGACUGGCCCUCGGAACAGGCCUCUUCCUGGAGGACGAGCUCGACAUUUUUGGUCGAACCUCCGAAGUAGGGCGAGCAGCUGAGAGGAGGUUAGCACUUUCCAGACGGGACCCGACUAUGGGAGACUCCAAGGCCAAGCGGCCGCAGGAUGCAGCGCCUGCCUCUCCUGCGGUCAUGGUCCUUUUACAGGAACAGUGCUCCCACCCAAUUUCUUCUCUGGCUUCACUUCAUUUCCCCCUGAGCUGCUCCUGCCACGGCCGCAAAGGGGCACUGCUCCAGAGCUGGAUGUCUGAAAAGCAGUGGGCAGAUGGGAGUGAUGCCUGUACGGCCUGCUACAAUGCUUUGGAGCAGGGACUUCAGUAUGUGGAUAACCCCACAGGAGGGAAAGUAGAUCUAUCCGUUGUCAGAAGUACCGCUCUCCACUCCUGGCCUCACACUAAUGUGGUGGAUAUGAGCAUGUUGUCGUCACAGGAUAUGGUGCGUAUGCUGCUGUCUUUGCAGCCUUUCCUGCAGGAUGCCAUCCAGAAAAAGAGAACAGGACGGACCUGGGAAAACAUCCAGCAUGUUCAGGGUCCGCUCACCUGGCAGCAGUUUCAUAAGAUGGCCGGGAGAGGUUCUUAUGGUUCAGAGGAGUCUCCGGAGCCCCUGCCCAUUCCUACAGUGCUGCUGGGUUAUGACCGGGAGCGGGACUUCUUGGCACUGUCCCCGCUGGCGUUGCCUUUCUGGGAGAAGUUGUUGCUGGAACCUUACGGUGGGCAACGAGAUGUUGCUUAUAUGGUGGUUUGUCCCAACAGCCCCUCGCUUUUGUCUGCUGCCCGAUCCUUCUUUCUGGAGCUUAGUGCAGUUUAUGAGACAUGCCGUCUUGGGAAGCACCGUCCGCUGGCCAAGGUGUCCAGAGAUGGCAUCGUGCGCGUGGGAGAAGAUGUGGAGAAAGAAAAGCUGGAGGAGCUGGAUGUGGAUCAGUGGUUGACUGGACCCUGGGUUGGACAGCAGCACACUGACAACCUCAACAAACUCAAACUUUAUGCUUAUGCUUGCAAGCAGCAGCUUGGCCCCCAGCUCUCUGCCCUGCCAUUGGACAGCAGUCUUCUGUUACCUCCCAAAGCCCAGCCGCCUGUGAACAACACAUCCUCAGCUCAGCCUUCUUCUUCCACUCAAGGAGAACAAACUACAGGUGGUGCCAGUUCAGUAAAUGCUUCAGCCCCAACUGGAGCAACCGCAGGCCCGACAGAAGAGAUCCAAGGAGGAGCCAGUGACUCCAAAGGACCUCCUAGUUCCACCCCACCAGCCAACACACCAGCAGAAAACCCUGAACUCUCUUCCGAGCAGUCUAGAAUAGGCAUCCCCACUGUGGCUGACUCAGUGGACAGCCAUGCCAACCCACCAGCUAUUGUUAUUUACAUAGUGGACGCUUUCCUGAGCUCAAGCGGAGCGAGAAACGAUGGAGGGGAGGAGGAAGAAGGUGACGAGGUAGAGUCAAGUAGCAUUUGGCUGCUAGGGCUUCUCCGCUGCUACACAGAGAUGCUGCAGACACUGCCUGAAACAACAAGACCCGCACUGGUGCUACAGGUGGUGCCGUGCCAGUAUCUACUCCAGCCAGCUAGCGGAGAGAGCCAUUUGUACCUGCAACACCUGCGCUCCCUGGCCUUCUCUUGUUACUCUCAGUGCAGGCGUCUACUACCCCAGCAAACACAUAUCAAGUCCUUGACUGGUUUUGGCCCAGUUUCCACUGUCAGUUCGGUACUUAAGAGUCCAGAGCACCCCAGCCCACUGCAGCUGUACACUCCACCAUUUGUGCUCGGUCCAAGCCGUCCCAAGCAGCCAGAACCAGGAGAAAUAUGGGCAGAGCUGCCUCCCAAAUACAACGUGCUCUUUGUAGGAUACUGCCUGUCACAUGACCAGCGUUGGCUGCUUGUUUCCUGCACUGACCAGCAAGGAGAGCUCUUAGAGACUUGUAUCAUCAACAUUGAUGUGCCGAACAGAGCCCGCCGUCCUAAGGCGUCAGCUAGGAAGAUGGGACUACAGAAGCUGUGGGAGUGGUGCAUUGGCAUCAUUCAGAUGACAUCGCUGCCAUGGAGGAUUGUUAUUGGUCGAUUAGGCCGACUAGGCCACGGGGAGCUUAAAGACUGGAGUUCACUCCUUGGGGAGCACUCCCUCCACUCAAUAGGACGCCAGCUGAGGGAGGCGUGCCGCAUGUGUGGGAUCUCAGCUGCUGACUCUCCAACAAUCCUCAGCGCCUGCCUGGUCGCCUUGGAGCCACAGGGCUCCUUCGUGGUCAUGCCUGAUGCGGUUACCAUGGGCUCUGUGUUUGGCCGCAGCACUGCUUUGAACUUGCAGACCUCGCAGCUAAACACACCUCAGGAUGCUUCCUGUACACACAUUCUAGUCUUUCCAACUUCUUCAACUACCCAGCUGGCGUCCAGCUCCUACCAGACAGAAGACAAUAAUGAUGACAUGUUUGAUCUUCCCUUUCCUGAUGAACUGGAGAAUGACAUUGGCAUUGGCAUAAUGCUGAACCUCCACUCUUCACCCAACACCUCUCCCGUGCCCUCGCCUGGGUCUCCAUCUGGGAUGGGAAUGGGAUCCCAUUUCCAGCACACCAGGAGCCAGGGAGAGCGCUUGCUGUCAAGGGACAAUCCCCCGGAGGAGCUAAAGCAGCAGCCGCUGGCUCUGGGCUACUACGUCUCCACUGCACAGGCGAACGGACUUCCUCACUGGUUCUGGGCCUCUUGCCCGCAGGCUGAGAAACAGUGUCCGCUUUUCCUCAAGGCCUCUCUCCACCACCAUAUCUCCAUAACACAGUCAGAUGAGAACGUGUCAGAGAAGACUAAGAGGGCCCCACACCCCUUGGAUUCAAAGACCACUUCUGACGUGCUCAGGUUUGUGCUGGAGCAGUACAAUGCCCUCUCUUGGCUGACGUGUACCCCUGCCACUCAAGAUCGCCAAUCCUGCCUGCCCGUCCACCUGGCCAUACUAGUCCAGAUGUACAAUGCCAUCCUAAACAUGCUUUAGCUUUUGUGAGACUUCCAGGACAGCAGUCAAGGGCCGAGGGUUAGCUUAAUUUCUCCUGUGCCUACACCUCUUUCCGACCACCAGAGGGCACCAGAGCUCCUCUGUUCUAUUAGGUAGACAUGGAUUGAUGGCAAAUAAAGGACAGGACAAGCCAGACAAUCCCAUUCCUGGAAUGUAACGAAUAAAAGAAGAGCGAAAUGUUUUCAACAGCAACGUCACUCAGCUGCGACGCAGUGGAAAGCCAGUGCAGGGUGUACCUUCAGAAAUGGGUCUGUGAACAUUUCGGGGAACACGGACAGAUCCAUCCCAACUAUGCCUAUCCAAGAAAAAAACUAAAAACAAACCAUUAUAUCCCACAUGGGCAGCAUCUCUUUGUGUGUUUUGAAGCAUCUGUGGACGACAUUUACAGAGAAGCUCCGUACGGUUCUUUUUAAAACACCCUCAACUGUCAAAAGGGACUUCUGUGCAGGGUCACAUGACUCCACAUGGCGUGUUUUACAACCAGCAGAGUGACGUGAGAUCACAAGCGCGUGUCUUUGUUACAUCAAAGGUGUUUUUACAUUUUUUGUAUAGAACUGAGCUCCUUGUGUCUCUCGGUUGCUGGUUGGUUACAGAAACUUUUACCUUCACUCUGAGAGGAGCAACUCCCACUCGCUCCAGAAGGGGGGACUAUUUGAUAAUGGCACUUUUUUCCCCCUCGUACCUUCCAAAGUGUUGUAGAUAUGAACACGAUGGAAAAUAUUUGUACAGUUGAGUAACAUGUGUUGUUUAUAAUGUAUGGCAUACAUUUACAAAGAAUCGAGACUUAUUUUUAAUAUUUAAAACGAGAAAAUGAGAAACUUAAACAAGGCCUUUUUGUUCCCAUUCGACCAUUAAUCGUCUUGGGAUCUGAAAUAAAAAUUUGUCAUUUUAAUGCAGUUGUAAAGACGCCAUAUUUAUACAAAUUAUAUCAUGUCAUAGAAUUUGAUAUACAUAUAUAUAUACAUAUAUAUAUAUAUCUAUAUAUAUGUGUGUACAUACAUAAAUAUAUAUUACCUCUUUCAAGCAGGCACUUAAUGUUACUGGGGAUGGGCACAGUCUGAGCAUUUAUUAAAGAUGCAUUUUAGUUUCUUUUUGUUUUCUACAGAUGCUGAACAUUUUAACUUUUUAUUUAAGUUAAAUUAAAUUCACGCAGGAGAUACGCUAUGAACUGUAUAUUUAUAAAGUGUUCCUAUUCUCCUAACAAAAACUUGAAAUAGGCAAUAAAAUCCACGGUAUUGCGAGAUUAUGAAACAUUUCCGAAUGAUGCUUUACUUUAUUGGCUCUCCUAAAUGAUGUCAAGAAAACCAUUAGAAAGGCCCGUCUCUCUCCAGCUUCCCUCAGUCUGCUCUUUGUUAGAUUCCUAGCAUGUUUGUAUAUACACUUUUCAGAUGUGCUUUUUGGAGUUUCUUAAAAUUGUACAUUUAAUGCUGGUUGGUUUACUUUCACUUAAUUCAUAUCAAAGUAUUUUUUUCCCUUUGAGCUUUUUUUUUUUUUGAUAUACAGUAUACAGUGCAAAACUCAUUUAAUUACAGCCAAGAGGUUAAAUUGCCAAGUAAGUAUACACAAAUGUACAAAGGCAAGUUUGCAGAAAUUUGUUACAUCUGUCAUCACUUUGAAUAUCAAACAGAUCCACUUUGGUGGGAGAGAUCUGUUACUUUUACACUCUUUUUUUUAGUAAAUUAUUAAAACUCUUGCAAAUGAA